GAUAACAUCACAAUUAUGUCGAAAAAAAAAGAAAUCGGAGAUGAAAAUACUGAGAAAAAGGCGACUCCAUUUCUGAGAUAUUUUGGUGCUGAAGAAAGCAUAAUUCUCCAAUCGAUUCAGUUGUUGAUCCUUGCUCACAUUGCCACUCCUCUUCCUCCUCCUCCUCUCAAACCACCACCAAUCUCCAAAGGAAUGGGACAAGUUGUGUUGAGCAAUGAAGGCGGAGCCGUAGAGAUGGAAGCAGCCGCAGCUGAAAGCGAUCGCCGCCAGAAUAUCACGUCUGACGCCGCGGAAAACGUCGCUGCGGCGGAGGAUGCUGCCGGCAGCUCAUCUCUCGUCCGGUGGGAGAGGUUUCUGCCGAAAUUGGCUUUGCGAGUGUUGUUGGUAGAAGCUGAUGAUUCCACUCGACAGAUCAUUGCUGCGCUUCUCAGGAAAUGUAGCUACAAAGUUGCGGCAGUGUCUGAUGGUUUAAAAGCAUGGGAGGUAUUGAAAGCGCGAGCUGAGAACAUUGAUCUUAUUCUGACAGAAGUUGAAUUGCCAUCAAUCUCUGGAUAUGCUCUUCUCACUUUAAUUAUGGAGCAUGAUAUUUGCAAAAAAAUUCCAGUGAUAAUGAUGUCUUCGUAUGACUCGGUCAGUAUAGUUUACAAAUGCAUGCUGAGAGGUGCAGCUGAUUUUCUCGUAAAGCCUGUAAGGAAAAACGAGCUCAGGAACUUGUGGCAGCAUGUGUGGAGGAAACAACAAUCAAGUGGUGCUGGCCGUGUACCUCUAGAUGAGAGCAUGGCUCAACAAAAGAUCGAAGCUACAGCCGAGAACAAUGCUACUAGUAAUCAUUCAAGUCAACAGAAAAUUGAAGCCACAGCUGAGAACAAUGCUGCUAGUAAUCAUUCGAGUGGUUAUAGGGCAUGCGUUCAGAGAAAUAGGGAGUGCAUCGAGAAAGGAACCGAUGCCCAGAGUUCAUGCACGAGACCAGAGCUGGAAACUGAUGAACCAGAUGUUGAGCAACUAAAUUCCCUCUUACAACCAAAAACCAAUAAAUGCCUUUCAGACGACGUAAAUAAAUAUGUGCACAAAGAAUGUCAAGAAGAAAUUAAAAGAACAGGAGCUCAUGAUAAUGAGGGGGGAGGGCUGCAGAUUGUGGCUAGCAUAGAUGUUAGCAAUGAAACGACACGAGGACAGGACAAGAAUUCUGCUUCGGAACAAGUUAAUGUCAAUGGUCAGAGUGCUAUGAAUAAUCAUGUCAGAGAGGCUAUUGACUUGAUUGGAGCUUUUAGUAACUGUUGUAAAGGCACUUUGGCUAGUCCCGCCUCAGAUACUAGCACGAACAAGUUUGAUACUUUGCCACUGUUGGAUCUGUCUUUGAGAGGAUCUCAUCCUAGUGGCUCAGUGAAUCAAGAAAAUGACGAAACCCACAGGAUAAACCAUUCCGAUGCAUCAGCAUUCUCUCGGUAUGUCAACAAGUCAUUGCCCAAUUCCACAUCUCGAAGCACUUGUAAUCAACAGAAAGACCUCGAGACCAAUUCUGAGAAACAACAAUCCAAUCAUACCCCUGAGUACACUUCCGAUGCACAUGGUUCAAGAAUAAGCUCACAGAAAUGUGCUUCUGUGACUGGGAUCCAACCCGAACUACCUGAAACUCCAUUUUCCGACCCUCAGCUAAAAGAAACAUCUCAACCAUUUCCAGUUAGAGGCGUAAGAUUUGAAAAUGUGAUCAACGGCUUAGGUGCUGUGAUGCCUGAAAUGCAUUCUGCACAGUCUGGCCUGUCGCCUUUGCCUAGUCCAGGCGCAGCUAGUAACUCACAACCUUUUGCUUAUUCGAAUCCUUUCCAUCAAACAGACCAUCAACCUGCAAAUACCCAGAGUGUUCGUGACCUUCUUGAUCAAAGGAUCAACUGUACCAUGCAUCAGACUGAUAAUAAACAAGGGCAGGAGCAGGAAACUUUUGAGGAUACGGGACAUGUUUCUUUUGCCAAUGAUCAGAGUCGUAACAGUGGUUUCUAUAACGGCUAUACAAGCCACCAUCACAGCGUAGGUUCUGGUGACAUCAGCAAGAUUAAUUCGAUCUCAGUUGUCAAUGCCACAUCAGACGUUGCUAGCGAAGAUGGAGUUCAUGUUCAUGAUAGUACAUCAAGCCGUUCCGUGCAGAGAGAAGCAGCUCUAAAAAAAUUCAGACUGAAGAGGAAGGAGAGAUGCUUUGAAAAGAAGGUGCGCUAUGAAAGCAGAAGGAAGCUGGCUGAGCAGCGUCCUCGUGUAAGAGGACAGUUUGUGCGUCAUGUACACGAUGAUGCUCAACCCGGGAGCUGACCACCGGGUUAGCUCAACAUCCUCUUACAAUUUUAGAUACUUAGGUGGAAAUAAUUAGAUUGGUCGGUUAGAUGGUGGUAAUUGUUAGUACAAAGUAGCAGUGUUCCAACGGCUUAUGAAAAAUGGCUGGUUACCAUGUAAUUUAUGUCGCUUUGUUUAGGCGUUUACUACGUAGAAACGUGGUUUCUCCUCCCUUUUCAUCUUGAUUUGUAGAUAUAUCAAGCAGUGACGGAUUCGAGAAACAGAACUCGUGAGGUCGGAGCUUCCGGACGUGGAGUUGAUGGUGACUCAAAAGACCGAAUUUAAUAGAUUUUCCGGGUACUCAUGGGCCAACCGGUGCGACCCCACUUCCAUCCGUCCCUGGAUAUAAUGUUAGUUAAUAGCCAUAUCCCGCUCCAUCACUCCCGAUACUCCCAUUCCGCAAUUCUUUCAAGAUCAUCGACGUGCAUUGCCUCCUUGUUCUGAAACAAUCAGCCAGUCGACCCAUCUCUAGCUGCUGGAAGACUGCCCGUUGGGUUUCACGGUCACCGGCGGCCUCAGGUGGAAAUUCCCGAAUUGGAUAUCAAGGAGAUAUAGAUUCUAUGUAGGCUGUAUAACUGUUUUGGUUGUUUAUCUAACAAUAAGAACUUCAGUAUGUUUUUGUAUGAUUAAAUAUUGGCUAAUAUUAAAAGGGGGUGUUAAUCAGAUCACUCGAUGUAAAUAAUUAAAUUAAUUUGUUGUUGAUC